GACCAAUCAGCUAGCGACAUCACACUCGUCUUCUCGGGAUCUGAUUGGUCGGUUGUCGUUAUUGCACAGGAAGUACAUGGGUGCGUUUCCGAGGGGAGGGCUGAAAGAAACGACGAACUUCCCUGAAGGCACCGAUCGUGUUUGCACAAACGUAAGAUGGAACUGCGGCCGCUUGUCAUGUGCUUUGCUCUCUGUGUGGUUUAUGCUACCAGCAAACCCACAGAGAAGAAAAACCGCAUUCAUCACGAUGAACCUCUCAGCAACCGGGAACACGAUGAUGCAGAGAACUUUGACUAUGACCAUGAAGCCUUUCUAGGUCAGGAAGAGGCCAAGACUUUUGACCAGCUCACACCAGAGGAGAGCAAGGAGAGGCUUGGCAUGUUGGUUGACCGCAUAGAUGAGAAUAAAGACGGUUUUGUGACUGUUGAGGAGAUGAAGAGGUGGAUCAAGCAUGCACAGAAAAGGUGGAUCUACGAUGAUGUGGAUCGACAGUGGAAGAGCCACGACCUCAACGGGGAUGAAGUGGUGUCCUGGGAAGAAUAUAAGAAUGCCACAUAUGGAUAUAUUCUUGAUGACCCCGACCCUGAUGAUGGCUUCAGCUACAGGGAGAUGAUGGCUCGGGAUGAGAGGAGGUUCAAGAUGGCUGACCAGGACAAUGACAUGAAAGCCACCAAAGACGAGUUUACAGCUUUCCUUCACCCUGAGGAGUACGAUCACAUGAAAGAUAUUGUAGUAUUGGAAACUAUGGAAGACAUUGACAAGAACGGCGAUGGUUUGAUUGACCUGGAUGAAUACAUAGGUGAUAUGUACAACCAGGAUGGAGAUACCACAGAACCUGAGUGGGUAAAGACCGAGAGGGAACAAUUCACUGAAUUCAGAGACAAAAACAAAGAUGGGAAAAUGGACAAGGAUGAGACGAGAGACUGGAUCUUGCCCAGUGACUACGAUCAUGCUGAGGCUGAGGCCAAGCAUCUAGUCUACGAGUCGGAUGUAGACAAAGACGGCCGUCUGACCAAAGCAGAAAUCGUGGAUAAGUACGACCUGUUUGUGGGUAGCCAGGCAACUGAUUUCGGAGAGGCUCUCACUCGACACGAUGAGUUCUAACAUCCAGCUGCCUCCACAGACUUUGUGCUCAUCCUGUGAUCCACCUGAUGGCUCCUUCCACAGUACACAGAGCCUUCAUAUAGGAUGAGCUUGCCUGAACCAACGCCACGGACAAUAAUUUAUUUGAUUUCUUGAAUGUGUCUCAUUAUGCACACACUAACAUUGUAAGAAAGUGUACAUGUUUGGCCAGUGUGUCUUCACAUUCAGUUGCACCUCAGAUUGGGAUAAUUCUUCAGCUUUUGCUCUGCUUCCACCCUCUGCCCUUUUCCUGCCAAAAUCCAACAAAGAGUAAACACUGUGUUUUUUUGUUGUUUCUAAUUAAAGGAAGACUUUGUGAAUGAGUCAAAUUCAGUGACAAAACCUUUGAUUAAAAUAACAAAAAUUAGGCUUGCAGUCUACAGAAGAGUUUGAUGCAACAUCCAUUUUUACAAAGCACUGGACUGUGAAGCGAAAAUUUUAUCUUUGGCUCCUUUCUCCUGUAAUUAGGCCCAAACAGAAAAUGCAUGUUUUCUUGUUCAUUUGUUUGGAACUAAAGAUAGAUUUAAUAAAUUCCAGUGAUAAUGAAGACCUUUUGGCCUAGUGCAAUACAGUAUCAUUAAUGUCACUAUGCUACACUCGUCCCCAGAACAUCCAUGUAAACACAAGCUAGGUGUCCUGCAAGAAAUGUUUUUUUUUUCUCUUUUAUGUUAGAUGAAGGAAUCAAGCUGAAUUUAGAGUCAGCUUUUGCUAGACUGGACCACCUCUUAUGUCGGAGCACAGUAAGCCCCAACGCCGAUGUCUCUGAAGCUGGUCCAGUCUAGGACUAGCCUUAAGGGACUGAUGGAUGAUCUACUCUUGAUGCUGCCUCCUUUUUAUUUUUUCUCACCACCUCACAAGUGAGUGUAUGUGUGUGCAUGUGGAUGUGUGUACAUAUAUUUCCUGUAUUUUUUAAGGCUCAUUUCUUAUUUGUUUUGAGUUCUUCUUGAUUCAGCUGAACUAGUAACGUGUGCCAAGCAAAAGAACUUUUGUCCUAUUUUGUGAGCAGUUUGGGGGGAAAAUAUACUCCUCCCUUUGAACAUAUUACUUUCUGAUAUAUUUGUUAUAUUUGUAUUAUCACUACCACAAUUUAUAACCACUGUUUUAGUGUAAUGUUUUUUUACAGGCUCACUACUGCAAAAAGCCUUUCACUUGGGACUUUACUGUAAAAAAGUUGUUGGUCUGCAAACUGAGCACUCUUAACAAUCAGUUCCAGUUUUGUGAUUGAGAACAAUGUCUCAAUAAAAUUUGAAAAUUA